AAGGUCGCUUCAAGUUUGCUCACUUACUUGAAGAAUUCUUGUUGAACGUUCUAUAUUAUAUGUAUACGAAAUAGUAACACAGUGCUGAUUCCUUAUCCAUCAGCUCAACAUCAUCUCAUAUAUAUAAUCACAGCAGAUAAGUAAAUGAGAGAAGGCGAAAAUCGGUUAUGAUAUAUGGAGCUCAAGGUAUGCAUUGAAAAGCAAGUUUCAGAUUCAAACAAGUCCUGGCUAACUAUCUACAUGGGAGUAUCUGUAUAUCGCAAAAAUCAUGGGCGCGCUAAUCUAAAAGCCAACAAAAGUACAAAACACCCGCUAUGCAACAUAAAGACAUCAUACCACCCAGCCACUUUAUGUGUAUGUACAAUAACAUGCAUGUGGUGCAUCCGUUAACUAGUAUACAGAGGGGAACUGCCCUGCAGCCGUGAG